AGUGAGCAGGCAUCUGAUUGGCUCCCGCUGCUUCUCUCAUUGGUUGUUGCUGUGGAAACAAGAGGCGCUUGAUUGAAAGAGUGGGCGGGGCAGGGAGAGGGAGCCCUCCUACUAUUAUGUUUGCAAGUUGCAGGCUGGCAGGGAGUUGUGGCUGGAGCAGAGAGAGAGAGAGAGAGAGAGGGGGGAGAGAGGGAGACACAAGGCUGGGAGAGAAGAAGGAGGAGGAGGAUCAGCAUCAUUAGCACCUGCUGGAGGGAAGCUACAGGUGCUGCAUUAGUUGAGGGGCCCCCCAGCAGAGAGAAGGCAGUUGUGGGGUGCAGGAGGGCAGCAUGAGGGACUCUAGGAGCCUGUGAGAUCUGGAUACAAAUCAAGGCGUCUCUUCUCCUCCAGCUCCUGUCAACAGGUAGUGGGCUCAUGUGUGCGGCCCCCCGGCCCUCAGCCUGGCAUCAAACCUCUCACCGGGGGACGGGGGUCCCCUCAAUCCAUCGCUCAUUUCCUGCGCUCGCCAUGGGAGCUGACAAUUAAGGACCUGAGCGACUACUGGACACCCAAAAGAAGUGGAUAUUAUUCGGGGAGAUAAUCACGAUGCAGCGUCCGUAAACCCCAUCGAAGACAUCUCACGGGGAGUCCAGAAGUAUCAUCACAGCAGACAUUUUUGUUCUCUUGUGUACUGGAAACAUGAAUUGUUGGUGCUGGCCGAGGACAGACUGAUAUUCCUUAGACUUUACGUUUUUGGAGUAUAUUCAGACUGUUCAGACGGAGUUUGGGCUUACUGUUGGGGUCUCCGAAUGCUGCAGAAAAGGCUUGGUGUAAUUCCUGUCGCUGGCAGAUCUGUGCUAUGCAUUGGUGCCUCUGUAUUAUUGUCCUUAUCCUCUUCUCCUGCUGUAUUAACGGCGCUAUCCUAUCAGACUCCCAGACUGUGGUUGGACGCGUAGGAGAGAGCACGGUGCUGGGGUGCAGCCUCCUCCACCAGGACGCGGGGCGCCCUCCUCUCUAUGUCAUCGAGUGGGUGCGCUUUGGAUUUAUGCUCCCCAUCUUCAUCAAGUUCGGUCUGUACUCGCCCCGCGUGGAUCCCCAGUAUCUAGGCCGCACUCGGAUCGAGGAAGGUGCCUCUCUCCAUAUUGAUUCUUUGCGCUCCGAGGACCAGGGCUGGUAUGAGUGCAGGGUGCUCUUCCUGGAUCGGCACCACGGAGAAGAGGAUUUUCAGAAUGGGACGUGGGUCCAUCUCACAGUGAACUCCCCGCCUUCUUUCCGUGAAACCCCACCCACGUACGUGGAAGUGCGCGUGGGAGACACCCUUACGCUUACCUGCGUUGCUUAUGGCAACCCUCAGCCGGUGGUCACAUGGAAACGAGACGGCGUCACCAUGGAGAGUGGAGAUAAGAUCCAGGCCAGUAAUGGCUCUCUGAGCAUCGUCCGGGUGGAACGUACCAACGCGGGGGUGUACACCUGCCAUGCGCUCAGCAACGAGGGGGAGAUAACUCACACUAGCCGCGUGCUAGUCCAAGGCCCCCCUAUCAUUGUGGUCCCCCCAGAGAACACCACAGUGAAUGUUUCCCAGGAUGCCUUUCUAACCUGCCAGGCUGAGGCCUAUCCUGCCAACCUCACCUACACCUGGUUCCAGGGCAGCAACAACGUCUUUCUACUCAACCGUCUCCAGCCGAGAGUCCGCAUCCUGGUGGACGGGAGUUUCCUUCUCCAGCGGGUCACCCCAGAGGAUGCUGGGAAAUACACCUGCAUCCCCAGUAACGGCAUGUGGAAAUCUCCUUCUGCUUCCGCCUACCUGACGGUGCUGCAUCCAGCCUAUGUAACAAGCAUGCCCGCAGAGACCUACCUUCCCAUUGGGAUGCGCGGUGUGAUCAAGUGUCCCGUCAGAGCCAACCCACCCUUACUACUAGUCAACUGGACCAAGGACGGACACACCUUAGAGCUGGACAAGUACCCUGGCUGGUAUGUGGAUGAGGACGGCUCCCUGGUUAUUGCCACAGGGAAUGACGAUGCCCUUGGGAUCUACACGUGUACCCCAUAUAACAGCUAUGGCACAGCUGGGGUGUCUCUGCCUACUGAGGUGAUCUUAAAGGAACCGCCAUCAUUUGUGGAUGUCCCCAAUGAGGAAUAUUUCCAAGAUGUGGGCAGAGAACUGGUGAUUCCCUGCUCAGCGGUGGGAGACCCUCCUCCUCUCAUCCAGUGGUCAAAGCUGGGACUGCCUGGGAAGAGCGCCGCUCAGAUGGACACAAACAGCAGCCUGGUCUUCAGACCCCUCACAAAGGAGGAGCACGGAAUCUGGGAGUGUACAGCAACCAAUCACGUGGCCACCAUUAGUGCACGGACUGCCAUCUACGUGCUAGGAACGAGCCCACACGCUGUAGCCAACGUUACUGGCCAGUCCCUCGUCUGUUCUGUCAAUGUCUCGUGGGUCCCCGGAUUUGAUGGGGGUUAUUUCCAGCGGUUUAGCGUCUGGUACGCCCCACUGGUAAAACCACUGACUCGUGGGCACCACGACUGGAUCUCCGUCUCUGCUGCAGUGGGUGCCACUCACUUACUGGUGGAGAAUCUGCAGGGAGACACGGCCUACCAGUUUAGUGUCCUCUCCCAGAACAAGCUGGGCACCGGGCCCUUCAGUGAGAUCGUGACCGCCACUCCCCUGAAUUUCCCAGUUACCACUGUGCCACCUCCAGUGCCCACAUCUGAGCUGAGUGACAGCCUCUCCCCGCCCCGCUACCUUUCCACCAAUGAGACGUCAGAAGGAGUGAUUCUGCAGUGGCUGCCCCCUCUACGCUCUUCCCUGCCGCUGCGUGGGUACGGCCUGGAAUUCCGGAGGGAUGAAGGAGCCUGGGAACUACUAGAUGAUUCCAUCCCUGAGUCUCAGACUGAGCUUGUGGUGCGCAAGCUGGUUAAGGAUACCAUGUAUGAAUUCAGGCUUGUGGCAUUUGCAGGCGAUUAUAUCAGUGAGCCCAGUAACAGUGUAAAUAUCUCCACAGCAGGGAUGAGGGUGUACCCAUCAAAAACUCUCAAUCCAGAGGUGCAGAGGAAACCUUUGAUGGCUGGCGUAGUGGGAGGAGCAUGCUUUCUCAGCUUGGCCAUUAUUCUCAGCACCGUGGUUGCCUGCAUGAUGAACAGACGCCGGGCCAAGCGCCGCCUCAAGCGCAGACAGCAAGAUACACCAAUGGUCUUCUCCCAACCCAAGAAAGCUUCUCCUUCACAAAAUUCUAAUGGCUCUAACAGCCCCGACAGUCUCAUGAGGGUCAAGCUACACGCGUCCCCCUAUAAUAGCCUGCGCCGGUCUCUACAGCUGGCCGAGAGACCUGGGAACAGCCUGGGCAUAACAACCAGCGGAAAGUAUAUGAUAUACGAGUCUCACAUCGGAGACGCUUUGCCGUUGGAGAGGAUCAGCCGCGGACCGGACGGUCGCUUUGUGGUGGAGACUGAGACAUCAUCGGGGAGCAUCCGAGGCUUCCCAUAUGUGACUGAAACCGACCUGUACCCAGAAUUCAACGCUAGGGAUUCUUCGGACCUGAGUCAGUGCUCACAGGUGAAGACGUACCUGCAAGCCUGCCAGCUCCCUGAGGGGGGUGCAGUGUCAUGGAGGGAUGAGGUAAAGAUGAGACCCCAAGCUACAGGCCAGGCCAAAAAGGAGGCGAGAGACUCUGGCUACCGCCGAGGAAGGUACUUUGGCUGCAGUAGUAGCCCACUGGAAGAAGCCAUAGCUCUCCGUAUUUCAGACAUUAGUCCUGUGACAUCUUCUGUGCCUCUUCCCUAUAGUAACAUAGAGGAGGCCCGAUGCAGAGAUUCUGCCCAGACAGAAGGGGAUUUGGAAAGGACCAUUUAUACCCUAAAAGGUUCUGAGCAUGACGGUUACUCAGUAGGGAGGGAACCAUCGUCUUUGUUACAACAGCCACUGGGGGGCGAUGAAGCAGAGAAUCGGCUGAGACACAGCCUGUCAACUCAGAGUGGGAUUCUCCAAUACCUCAGCCUUCCCUUCUUCAAGGAGAUGAGCGUGGAUGGAGAGUGGCCCUCCGAGGAGGAAGGGAAACACCAGUGCUCAGAGCACAAUUCUGUAGGGGCCACAGAGCAGGUCGGCCCAAGUGCACUUGCUCUAGAGGAUAGGACGUUAAUGGACGUGGAAGGAAGGAGUGGAGUUCGGAAUCCAGAAACCCCAUGCCUUCCCCACAUAUUGUCUCCUCUUGAUUACGUAACCAGUAAGCAAGAGCUCCCUGUGCCUGUAAAGUCUUUCUUGAAACCCCCACAGCCGAACUCGGGGCCCGCUAAAGCGGUUCUGCCGGGAAGCUUCAUGUGGGCUCAUCCCCCCGAGAACUCUGAGCGUUUAAAAGUAGGUCAGAGAGCGCAUUGGGGUGCAGGAGACGUUCCCAUGGACAGAGCGGACUGUGAGUGCCCCCUCAAGGACCAACCCCUCUCAGUGUUCACCGACUUCCAGGCCUUGGAAAAGCCAAGGCUGCCAUUGGACAAGUCUCUCUUUCUGCACGGCUCCGAGAAGGUGAUGAGGAGUAGCCUCACCAGUCAGAGCAGUGGAAGGGGGAGCGUCUCCUUCCUCAGGCCCCCCUCACUGGCACAAUCUGUGGGGGGCAGCUACCUCAACUCACCAUUAGGUGAAACAUCCAGCUGGCACAGUGGUGGUGGAUCCCAGGGAUCAAGUGCUGAGGACUACAGGCACCGAAAAGAUUCGCUAUUGGCCACUAUAAGCAACAGGAGGAACACUUCAGUGGAUGAGAAUUACGAGUGGGACUCUGAGUUCACUUUGGAAGCAGAUUUGCUGGAUGCCCUACAGGUUUACCGAAGCACUAAUGGAGGCCGGCCUAUCUCCACGGUCGACGAGGGAGAGGUGAAAAGGCAGGGUGUGAAGACCCCUGCAGAGGCGCCCAAUUCCCCGGCUGGUUCGGGGUCCGUGGAUGCUCUCGAUAGCCGCUAUCCUCAGCCUUUGUCCAGCCCGGAAGAACGCUGCGCGGCCCUUAAGGAGGAGUUUUUGGAAUACCAGAGGCGAAAUCGCGCUGCACAGAAGGUGCACACUAAGGGUAAAGACUUUGAGGAGUGUUACGAGCAAGCCACACUGCUAUGACCCCUCGUUUAGCAUGGGGUCGUACCAGAUCAUACCAGACCAGAAGGGACACUGUUACUGUGGCAUUAUUGAGUGGGGGGUUUGCCCCAGUAUUCCUGUGUUAGGCAUCAGGUUUAUCAAUUCCUGCCAACGUUACAUCAGGGUUAUCACAUCAGCCAAUCAAAACGUUUUGUUAUAUCUUUGCGUGCGGACAACCUGGGCGCCAGCUGUCUUACGUGCACAAUACGACUGUUCCUCCUCUCUCACUGAGAAGUAUUAUGUGGCAGUUUAUAUUUUAUCAUAACCAGAGAGUAGAUGAGCACAGAUCCGACUCCUGCUCCAGCUGUACCAGUGCAGAGACAGGCCGCGGUCAUUAUGGUGCUCGCACAAGAGAUUAUGUUGUAUAUUUAAACAGGAUCCAUGUAAAAAAAAAAAAAAAAGAGUGAUGUACAUUUACCCAAAAAGUUAUUUUCUUACAGCAAAA